AUGGCGGGUAAGCAAGAUGAUUUAAGUGGUUGUACGUUUGAAGUUCAUGGUAAAGUUCAAGGUGUAUUUUUUAGAAAGUAUGCGGCUGAAUUCGCUAAGGUAAAUGGCCUUGUCGGCUGGAUUAUGAAUACUGAAAGUGGUACUGUGGUAGGUGAAUUCGAAGGUCCAAGUGUAAGUGUUGAUGCAUUUAAACAUUGGCUUCGCAACAUUGGAAGUCCUAAGUCGCAAAUUGACAGGUGCCAGUUCAAGAACGAAAGAAGGAUAUCUCAGUUACAUUUCGAAAAUUUUAAUAUACGUCGCUAG